GACAGUCACUGCACUGACACAGACUGUCUCUUCUGUCACAGAGGGAGGGACAGGGAGUGCAGGGGGAGUCUGAAGUCUCAGGGGGAGAGAAAAACUCUGAUAAAGGGGGAGAUAGAAAGUGAAAGUCUGAGAGUAGAGGGGAGUUACUGGCAGCCUGUGUGCUGGUCUCCCUCCCUGCACUAAUCCCAGUGUAUGACCCCAGGGGAGGGAGGCGAAACGCUGACACUGUGACACAGCUGGAAUGGAAGAGGAACAUCCUGCAGGCCUAGGCCCUUCUCCCAGGUUGGAGGGCCAGUUAAAAGCGCAACAGGAGGAGAUAAUGCUGAUAAAGUCAGCUCUGUGCGACAUUCUGCAGAGGAUCAGCCUGCUGGAGCAGAGACCACCUCCUGAAUGCCGGUCAUCAGGUGACCAAUCCUCUGUGGUGCCUAUUGUGAGCAAAGUCGAUGCGGGAACUGAUGCCAUCAAAUACAGUCAUCCAUUGGGGCCACUGAACGCCCUGCAAUCGUCUCGCCCUUCCCAGGCCAGCAUUGGAACUCAGACAGAAUGGCCCUUGACGCACGCAAUAUCUGGGGACAGUAUUGACCAAUCAGAUAGUCUUUCAGCUCGUGAGACUGAGUCACUGAAUGGAGGAAGCACAGAGGGAAUUCCAGAUUGCGGGGAGAUAAAGGAGGUGGAGCAGGAAUUGCAAUGCCCAGCACAAGAAGAGGGCGGAGCUAAUGUGCGUUCAGUGCAGGCUCUGAGGCAGAGCAAGAAGGAGCUAUUCCGCAGAAACAGCUCUUCUGAUAAACUGGUGAAAGACGCAAAGGAAAAGGGCAAGAAACUGGAGAGGAAAACAGUGUCGUCUGUUAACCUACUGAGCGGCUCUUCUGGAUCAAGACGGGGAAAUUAUAACGUAGAUGGAGUCAGCGUGAAGGUUUUUCUCCGCGGCCGUCCCAUUACUAUGUAUAUUCCGUCCAAUAUGCAAAAUCACGAGGACCAGAAACCGGAGCUGCCCAGUGAGAAAUUGCACCUAGAAUGGGUUUACGGUUGCCGUGGGCGAGACUCCCGUUGUUUUCUUAGCGUGUUGCAGUCUGGUGAGGUCAUUUACUUUACUGCCUGUGUCAUCGUGCUCUAUCAUGUGACCAGCGGAUCUCAGCGCCACUUUUUGCGUCACACGGAUUGCGUGCGCUGUUUAGCUGUCCAUCCUGAUGGUGUUCGAGUGGCGUCAGGACAAACGGCUGGCGUGGAAAAGGACGGUAAGCCCAUGGUGUAUAUUUGGGACUCGAGCUCUCUGCACACGUUACAUCAGAUCGGUCUCGGCUUCUUUGAGAGAGGUGUGGGCUGUCUCGCCUUCUCUACCGCGGACUCUGGCUCGUUCCUCUGUGUGGUGGAUGAUUCAAAUGAGCACGUUAUGUCCGUCUGGGACACAUCAAGAGGCAACAAAAUAGCAGAAAUCAAGUGCACUAAUGAGCCGGUGCUGUGCGUGGCCUUUAACCCCAUGGACAGCGGUAACAUUGUCACCGUGGGGAAGUCACACGUGCACUUCUGGAGCUGGAGUGGGACCUCGCUCACUAAAAAGCAGGGGAUCUUCGGGAAAUACAAGAAGCCGCGCUACGUGCAGUGUUUGCUGUUUGAUCAGACGGGUGACGUCUUGACCGGAGACUCUGAGGGUCAGAUCUUGACCUGGGGCCGAAGUGCACCCGAUACACGGACUUUAGGGAAAGGGGCAAAGGAUACCUAUCAGAUUGUCCGUCACACUCGUGCCCAUGAUGGUAGCGUGUCUGCUCUUUGCUUAUUACGUGAUGGUUCUGUGCUCAGCGCAGGUGGUAAGGACAGGAAGAUGAUAUUGUGGAGUUCAACUCUAAACCAGAUAAAGGAGCGCGAGAUUCCUGAACUGUUUGGCAUAAUUCGCUCUAUUGCCGAGGGCAGCAGUGGAGAACUACUGCUUGGUACAACAAGAAAUUCCCUCCUGAAAGGGUCCCUAGAGAACGGAUUCAGCCCUAUUAUACAGGGACACACAGAUGAGCUGUGGGGUUUGGCCACGCAUCCUUCACAAAACAUCUUCCUGACGUGUGGGCACGAUAAGCAGUUGUGUGUCUGGAAUGGAAUUGAGCACACCCUGAGCUGGUCAUGUGCGCUGGAGGAUCCCGGUUUGUGCGCUGAUUUCCACCCGAGUGGAAGGGAGGCCUGUGUAGGGCUUAGUACUGGCAGGUGGCUUGUCCUGGACAUGCAGUCUUGCGGAACUCUCUCUGUGCACUCUGAUGGUAAUGAGCAGCUCUCGGUAGUCAGAUACUCUCCAGAUGGUAAUUUCCUGGCAAUUGGGUCCCACGAUAAUGUCAUCUACAUAUAUAGCACAGGACAGCGAGACUACAGGAGGCAGAAAGACCACUCUCUGAACAGCUCUCAGGAGGAGCUAGACAGCUCACAAGAGGAAGGGGACAGCUCUGUGUGUGACAGAGGGCAGCGUUACACUCGCUAUGGGAAAUGCGUGGGCCACUCCAGCUUCAUCACACACUUUGACUGGUCAAGGGAUGGAAAAUACAUUAUGUCAAACUCUGGAGACUAUGAAAUACUGUACUGGGACAUUGCUGGCGGCUGUAAGCUCCUCCGGAACAGAUAUGAAAGCAGAGAUCGGGAAUGGGCCACGUACACAUGUGUGCUGGGUUAUCACGUGUUUGGAGUCUGGCCUGAGGGGUCUGAUGGGACAGACAUUAACGCUCUUGCACGUUCCCGUGGGAUGACUAUGGUCUCAGUAGCAGAUGAUUUCUGUAAAGUCCAUCUGUUUCGCUAUCCAUGCAAUAGACCAAAGGCACCCAGCCAUGUGUACUCGGGCCAUGGAAGUCACGUGACGAAUGUGCGUUUUACCCAUGAUGACAGUCACCUGAUCUCACUUGGUGGUAAAGAUGCCAGCAUCUUCCAGUGGAGGGUGGUGAGAGGAACCAGUACGCCACGCAGCCAUUCACUCUCCUCUUCUUCAUCUCUAGAAGCUGCCCCCUAACAGAUUAUACGAUGUCUACAUCCUACUCAAUGCCUUAAAAAUAGCCUUUUACUGCCUAUGCCUUCUGGUUCACAGCUAUAUUCCAUAAUAUAAGGCCAGACUCCGUGGUAUAAAGUGAAGAGUGAAUCAUGCUUCAUAAUAAUGAGCUACAUCUACUAACAGCAAGCCACACCUUCUAACAGUGAGCCACACCUCCUAACAGUGAGCCACACCUCCUAACAGUGAGCCACACCUUCUAACAGUGAGCCACACCUCCUAACAGUGAGCCACACCUCCUAACAGUGAGCCACACAUCUUAACAAUGAGCCACACAUCUUAACAAUGAGCCACACAUCUUAACAAUGAGCCACACCUCCUAACACAAAACUAUAUCUUUUUACAAUGUGAUGUCCCUAAAGCAGAGUUAAAACUACUGAUAAAACUAGAUUCCUUAAUACCUGGCCAUAACAAAUAACAAAAAGACACAUAUUUAUGACCAGAGUCUCUUAACUGAGAAAGCUCCUAAAUGGUUGUGUGCCCUAACUCUGAGCAAACCUUGAGAGAGUUAUUCCUAACAUACUUACCCUAUCAUACAAACCACAAACCGUAUUAAAACACCAAACAAUACUUCCUGUAGAUUCCUAUUUACUAACAUACAGCCACGUACUGUCACACAGUGCCACAUCUCUAGAAAGGAUGACAUCUUCUCUAAUACUGAGCCACUACUCAGCACAGAGCCAAAACCACCACUACUAAACAGCCAACGUCUCCUGGUGUUCUCAUACUUCUAUCAAAGUGACGUCUUCUCAUUCUGACAAUCUUCUCCCUAAAUCCCAAGGUGUAUAUAUAUAUUUUUGUUUAAAAUAUUUCUUUUAAAUUUAUAUGAAUUUUUAUUAAAGGUUUAUGAGAAAAAGAACAAAUAA